UUGGAAAUUCUUCUCAAGACAUUUCGAAGCAUCCGUGAUGAGCAUGAAACUCUAAACCUCACCAUUUUAGGUAUUAAUCAAUUCUGUCAAUGUCACAACGGUUGAUUCAUUUUAAAACCUAACCUUACCUUACGAUUUAUUGGGAUGAAGAUCCGAUAGAAAGAAGUCAAAACUUUUGUUUUAGGUAGUGUGGACAAAAACCAAAUCUUUGAAUCCCCCAUAUCCCAACCCAUCCUCUUUCUUCAAUCCCAUUUUGGCAAUGGAUAUCACGAUGAACAAAUCUUUCAAUCCCCAAUCGCAAGUUUACACUUCCCGUCGUCCUCCAAUCCACUUUCCGACCGACCCCACAAUCUCCAUUGUUUCAUUCCUCUUUCGAAACUCCUCUUCUUAUCCCAACGCCCUUGCCCUUGUCGACGCUGACUCCGGCGAAUCCCUCACUUUCCGUCAGCUUCAAAUCCAAGUCUCCAAGCUCGCUCAUGUGUUCAUCCAACUCGGGAUUCAAAAAGGCGAUGUGGUUCUCAUAUUCGCGCCCAAUUCCAUUCACUUCCUUGUUUGUUUCUUCGCCAUCGUCGCCAUCGGAGCCAUUGCCACCACUUGUAAUCCUGCUUACACUUCCGCUGAACUGUCAAAACAAGUCGCUAACUGCAAACCUAAGCUCGUAAUCACCGUUCCCGAACUCUGGGACGUAAUCGGUAAACUCAACUUACCUUCUAUAAUUCUGGGUUCUAAAAUUUCUUCAAAAUUUUCCCGUUCCAACAUCUGGGCUUACUCCGAUUUGAUUAAAAAAGCCGGCGAUGUGUCCAAUUUGCCGGUGAGUGAAGUGGGUCAGAACGAUGUAGCGGCUCUUUUGUAUUCAUCUGGGACGACAGGGAUCAGUAAAGGAGUGAUUUUAACUCACAGAAAUUUCAUAACGGCGUCUUUAAUGGUGACUCAAGAUCAAGAGCUUCUUGGUGAUCCCAGAAACGUGUUUUUAUGUUUUCUCCCAAUGUUCCAUGUAUUUGGUCUUUCUAUAGUUGUUAACUCGCAGCUUCAAAGGGGAAACACCGUUGUUUCAAUGGCAAAGUUUGAGCUGGAAAAGGCUUUAGGGUUGGUGAUGAAGUACAAGAUCACUCAUCUUUAUGUUGUUCCCCCUGUAAUUAUAGCUUUGACAAAGCAAAAGGUAGUGAAAAAUUACGACUUGUCGUCGUUGCGGCAGAUUUUAUCUGGGGCAGCGCCUCUUGGGAAGGAUGUGAUGGAUGAAUGCUCUAAGAUUAUACCUCAGGCCAGGAUCAUCCAGGGAUAUGGUAUGACAGAAACUUGUGGAGUAAUUUCAGUGGAGAAUGUGGGAGUAGAAUCUACCCAAUCUGGGGCAACUGGAUCCCUUGUUUCAGGAGUUGAAGCCCAAAUUUUGAGUAUAGAAACACAGAAACGUCUUCCACCUGGCGAAACUGGGGAAAUUUGCGUCCGUGGACCAAAUAUGAUGAAAGGAUAUUUCAACAAUCAGAAAGCCACCAGCCAAACUAUAGAUGAUCAGGGAUGGGUACAUACUGGAGAUAUUGGGUAUUUCAAUGAAGAAGGAGAAUUGUUUGUUGUGGACAGAAUCAAAGAACUCAUCAAAUGUUAUGGUUUUCAGGUUGCACCAGCAGAGCUUGAAGCGCUGCUACUUUCUCACCCUCAAAUAACAGAUGCCAUUGUGAUCCCCCAUCCUGAUGAUAAAGCCGGUGAAGUCCCUAUUGCAUUUGUUGUUCGUUCUCCCAAUAGCUCGAUAAGCGAAGAAGAUGUUAAAAUUUUUGUCGCGGGACAGGUUGCACCAUUCAAGAGAUUAAGAAAAGUAACAUUCACAAGUAGUGUUCCGAAGUCGGCUUCAGGAAAACUUCUGAGAAGGGAGGUCAUAGCACAAGUCCGAGCCAAGAUGUAAAUGUCGAAAUAUACCGGUAGGCAAACAAAUUAAUUUACGGUUAUAAGCACAACGAAACUGGAAAUUGUUGGAAAUCUCUAUACAACAUUCAUUCUUAUGCUAAUAAAACAUUGGUUUGGUUCCAAUGUGAUGAAGUUUCUUUUUUCA